GUUCACGUGGGGAUGCGCCACAGGCGAUGCACAGCAAAACCCUAAGCAGAGCAAGGUGCAGCAAGUGCGGGAAUCCCUUUUCCCUUCCCUUCGGAAACGCAGUCCUUUCUUCUUCCUUCUCCCCUGUCACCUCAUUCCCAUUUUUGGCGAUAUCAAAACCCAAUGGAGCUUCCCAUAGAUAAACGACUCCAAACUAGGUCACGUAUGCGAGAAAGAAACCCCACUUAAAUCCAUAGCCAAGUGAUUGCCUCACGCACUCGCACUUUCUAAUAACUAGAAGUGUGAGAUUAGAGGAAACAGAGAGGCCGCAGGCCCACGCGGGCCCAAAGAAGGAAAAACCUUAGCGGGUGCAUUUGCGGUCAGUUGGAAUUCGGAACCGAUGUUAUCGCCUCGGUUGCCAUGGGUUCGAUCAGAAGGGCCGAAGCCUGGUUCAUCAAGAUCGCUUGCACCGUUUCCGUUCGCUUCAACUCGCUGGACCCCUUCUUGGGCUAUUUCAGUAAGCACCUAACCCCGUCGCUCGUUUACGAGGUCGUCAAUAAGCUAAACGUUCCCGUUUUCGGCUUCAAGUUCGUUGAAUUCACUAGACACAGCUUGCACAUGAAUCACUCUUAUUUCACUUACAAUUUGCUCUUGAGGUCGCUCUGUGGGUCCAAUCUUCACGGCGCCGCCAAAUCGGUCUACGAUUGGAUGAGGUGUGACGGCCUGGUUCCUGAUAAUUGGUUGUUAGGGUUUUUGGUUUCCUCGUAUGCUCUUGUUGGCAGCUUCCAUGUUUCCAAGGAAUUGCUCGCGGAUGUUCAGUGCAACAAUGUUGGAGUCAAUGCUGUUGUGUAUAAUGACUUGUUCAACAUUUUGAUUAGGCAGAAUAAGGUAGUUGAUGCGGUUGUUCUGUUUAGGGAGCUUAUCAGGUUGCAGUAUCGUCCCGUGACCUACACCGUCAAUAUUUUACUGCGAGGGUUGUGCAAGGUUGGGGAAGUCAACGAGGCUUUUAAGCUUCUUGAGGAUUUCAGGAGUUUUGGUUGUUCGCCGGAUGUGUAUUCGUACAAUACUCUCAUUCACGGUUUGUGUCGGAUUGGUGAGGUUGAUAGAGCUAGAAGUUUGCUAAGGGAAGUUUGUUUGAGUAGGGAGUUUGUCCCUGAUGUUGUUACUUACACGACGAUAAUAUCGGGUUAUUGCAAGUUGAGUAAUAUGCAGGAGGGGGCUUUGCUUUUUGAUGAGAUGAUUAGAUCUGGAACUGCACCUAAUACUUUUACGUUUAAUGCUUUAAUUGAUGGCUUUGGUAAGUUAGGUGACACGGCUUAUGCGCUAGCCAUGUAUGAGAAGAUGGUUGUUCAUGGUUGUGAGCCAGAUGUUGCAACCUUCACUUCUCUAAUUAGUGGGUAUUUUAGAGUUGGGCAGGUGCACCAAGCAAUGGAAAUGUGGCAUAAAAUGAAGGACAAAAAUAUUGGUGCAAGUUUGUAUACAUUCUCUGUUCUUGUCAGUGGUCUUUGCAAUAGUAACAGACUACGUGAAGCUCGUGACAUUUUGAGACUUUUGAGUGAGAGCGGCAUUGUUUCACAACCAUUUAUCUAUAAUCCUGUUAUUGAUGGAUAUUGCAAAUCCGGCAAUGUUGAUGAGGCUAAUAAAAUUGUGGCAGAAAUGGAGAUGAAUAGAUGCAAGCCUGAUAAGUUGACGUAUACCAUUCUUAUUAUUGGGCAUUGCAUGAAAGGGAGAAUGUUUGAAGCAGUAGGUGUCUUUGAAAAGAUGUUGGCUGUUGGCUGUGCCCCGGAUGAAGUCACUGUAAAUAAUUUAAGAUUGUUUCUUUUGAAGGCUGGAAUGCCUGGUGAAGCUGCCGGCGUGAAGGAAAUUCUUGGUAAGAGGCUGACUUUGGGUACUUCAUCAUUGAAGAAAUCCUACCUUGAAAGCGCAAAUACAGAUAUCCCUGUUGCUGUUUAUUGAAGUGCUAUUCUUCCACCAUUAUAUGCCUUGAGCACUGGGUGCACAUGUUUCCGGCUCGUGGAUCAAAGGAAUGCUGCUAUUGUCAGGCAGAAUUUCUUUCUUUCUGGAGAUUAACAGUAUUUACAUUCAUCGCCAUGCCCUCCAAGUUUGGGCUGAUUAUUUUUGAUCCCAAAGUUAGGUAUACUCUAGUUAACUUUGUUGAGUUGAUUUUUCAUUUUUCAUGGUCCCAUAGCCGGUCUCAAGCCUGGGUGCCAAAGGAGGAGGGACUGUGUCAGGACAUAGGACAUUGUCAGCCAACAUAAAACUUGUCAAAAUCCCAAACAUGGAUUUUUCAUUUUUCCUCUAUAUUUGAAAAUUUGUUCCUUACAUGAAAUAGGUUUUAUUUAGUCUGUUUUUCGGAAAAUGUAGUGCUAGUAAAUUGAUUUUCUUGUCCAUAUGAAAGUGCAUUUACUUAAGAGUAUACUGAAUUCCUUUUUAAAGAAAAUGAAUAAAAUGAAAUAUGAAGUUCUCAUUUUGGUAAAUUUUAUGGUAAAAUAAAAUUAUGGUGUAUGAAGAUAGGAGAAUAUUAUUGAGGAUUUACUGAGAGAACACAUUUCGAAAGGGAUCUUAAGGAAAUUCUUAUUUUCUUAGCUCAAUAGAUAAUAAGUGGUUGUAUCAUAAAAUUCUUUAACAUCAUUGUCAUCCAUGAUUGUGUAGAAAGAUUCAGAUCAAAAUGCUUGGAACCCUCUUUAACCACAGGUCAAUUGCAGAAAACCUCCUGUGGAUUGCAACAACACAACUCCUUGAUCUCUAGUAAACUGUGUAUUGACUCCAUACAGGUGGUUUUCUGCACAUGCAUUAGCGGUUAAAUUCAGUAAUUCAUUCUACUAUGCAAGAUUUGGUAAGUUCUGGAACUUGAGUUGCUGAGUUUUUGAACCAUGUGGGAAUUUUUGGCAACAUAUAGUUGGUACAGUUUUACAUUUGACAAGAUAUUAUCACGGGGCUUCUCAACCAGGCGCUUUUAUUGGGAUGUCACAAUUGGUACAAAGUGGCUUGGUGAGUACAAGGCUUAUGUUCUAGGAUAACUAUCAAUCGAUGAAAAUGAUUUGCUCACAAAAUUAGACUUGUAUUUGAUUAACUGAGGUAAUUUAUCUUUGGAUUAUACAUGAAUUCACUACUUC